AUGGGAGAAGAAAAAAAAGCGUUAUUAGAUGCUUCUGGUGCUGAGCAUCAAGAUGAAGAUAGAACUGCUACUGCUAUUUUGAGAUCCAAGAAGAAAGAUAAUGCUUUGUUAGUUGAUGAUGCUGUCAAUGAUGACAAUUCUGUUAUUGCUAUUAAUUCCAAUACUAUGGAUAAGCUAGAAUUAUUUAGAGGUGACACUGUCUUGGUUAAAGGUAAGAAGAGAAAAGAUACUGUUUUGAUCGUUUUGAUCGAUGAUGAUUUGGAAGAUGGUAUGUGUAGAGUUAAUCGUAUUGUUAGAAACAAUUUGAGAAUCAGGUUAGGUGAUCUGAUAACAGUCCAUCCAUGUCCAGAUAUCAAAUACGCUACCAGAAUUUCUGUUCUACCAAUUGCUGAUACUAUUGAAGGUAUUACUGGUAAUUUAUUUGAUGUUUUCUUAAAGCCAUAUUUCGUUGAAGCCUACAGACCAGUUAGAAAAGGUGACCAUUUCGUUGUAAGAGGUGGUAUGAGACAAGUUGAAUUUAAAGUCGUUGAUGUCGAACCUGAUGAGUUUGCCGUUGUUGCACAAGAUACCGUUAUUCACUGGGAAGGUGAACCAAUUAAUAGGGAAGAUGAAGAAAAUAAUAUGAAUGAAGUUGGUUAUGAUGACAUUGGUGGUUGUAGAAAACAAAUGGCUCAAAUUAGAGAAAUGGUUGAAUUACCAUUAAGACAUCCACAAUUAUUCAAAGCUGUCGGUAUUAAACCACCAAGAGGUGUUCUUAUGUAUGGUCCUCCAGGUACCGGUAAAACUCUGAUGGCUAGAGCUGUCGCUAACGAAACCGGUGCUUUCUUUUUCUUGAUCAACGGUCCAGAAGUUAUGUCAAAAAUGGCAGGUGAAUCUGAAUCUAACUUAAGAAAAGCUUUUGAAGAAGCCGAAAAAAAUGCCCCUGCUAUUAUCUUUAUUGAUGAAAUCGAUUCCAUUGCUCCAAAAAGAGACAAGACAAACGGUGAAGUUGAAAGAAGAGUCGUUUCACAAUUAUUAACUUUAAUGGAUGGUAUGAAAGCAAGAUCUAAUGUUGUCGUUAUUGCUGCCACUAAUAGACCAAACUCUAUUGAUCCUGCCUUAAGAAGAUUUGGUAGAUUCGAUCGUGAAGUUGAUAUUGGUAUUCCAGAUGCCACCGGUAGAUUAGAAGUCUUACGCAUUCAUACUAAGAACAUGAAAUUAUCAGAUGAUGUUGAUUUAGAAACUUUAGCUGCAGAAACUCAUGGUUAUGUUGGUGCUGAUAUUGCAUCAUUAUGUUCCGAAGGUGCUAUGCAACAAAUUCGUGAAAAAAUGGACUUGAUUGAUUUAGAUGAAGACGAAAUAGAUGCUGAAGUUUUGGAUUCUCUUGGUGUAACUAUGGAUAACUUCAGAUUUGCCUUAGGUAACUCCAACCCAUCUGCCUUACGUGAAACUGUUGUCGAAAGUGUCAAUGUUACUUGGGAUGAUAUUGGUGGUUUAGAUGAAAUUAAGAGAGAAUUAAGAGAAACUGUUGAAUACCCUGUCUUACAUCCAGACCAAUAUACUAAAUUCGGUCUAUCUCCAUCUAAAGGUGUUUUGUUUUAUGGUCCACCAGGUACUGGUAAAACUUUACUGGCUAAAGCUGUCGCAACUGAAGUUUCUGCUAACUUUAUUUCAGUCAAAGGUCCGGAAUUAUUAAGUAUGUGGUAUGGUGAAUCCGAAUCUAAUAUUCGUGAUAUUUUUGACAAAGCUAGAGCUGCUGCACCAACUGUUGUUUUCUUAGAUGAAUUGGAUUCUAUUGCUAAGGCUAGAGGUAAUUCUCAAGACAACGUCGGUGAUAGAGUUGUUAACCAAUUAUUAACUGAAAUGGAUGGUAUGAAUGCAAAGAAAAACGUUUUCGUUAUUGGUGCAACAAAUAGACCAGAUCAAAUCGAUCCAGCUAUUCUAAGACCAGGUAGAUUAGAUCAAUUGAUUUACGUUCCACUACCUGAUGAAGUUGGUAGAUUAUCUAUUUUAGAAGCUCAAUUAAGAAAAUCUCCAUUAGAACCUGGUUUAGACUUACGUGCUAUUGCUAAAGCUUCACAAGGUUUCUCUGGUGCUGAUUUAUCAUACAUUGCCCAAAGAGCUGCUAAAUUUGCUAUCAAAGAUUCUAUCGAAGCUCACAAACUUGCUGAAAGCAAAAAAGUGAAAUCCGAAGAAGAUGUUGAAAUGUCCGAUGUCAAACAAGAAGCUGAAGUUGAAGAAGUCGACCCAGUUCCAUUUAUCACAAAAGAACAUUUUGCUGAAGCUAUGAAAACAGCCAAACGUUCUGUCUCCGAUGCCGAAUUACGUCGUUAUGAAGCAUAUUCACAACAAAUGAAGGCCUCUAGAGGUCAAUUUAGUAAUUUCAACUUUGGUGACUCAACUUUAGGUGCAAACAGUGAUGCUAAUAAUGGCACCACUGGCGCUUCUGGUGCUGAUUUUGCUUCUGGUGCUGCCGAAGAAGAUGAUGACUUAUACAGUUAG